CUCCCCCUGCAUUAAUUCCAGUAUGAAAGGAGAGUAUCUCACCAGCGGUCACACUCCAGGAUGCAAGCAGCCUCACAGCACAUUCUGACCAUCACACACAGGCUUGGAGAGAGAGAGAGAGAGACCAAAUCAGCACCUCACACACAUUGCCAGAACCUGCUCGCUCCAGGGUAGGGAAUACUUACUUUAAAAAAUUUGAAUUACUCAACCAGCAUUACUAUCUGUCCUCUCUCUCUGACAUGGAGCUCCACCGCCUCCAACACCACCACAGCCACCGGACCGACGACAAGCUCCAGAUGCUGAACCUCAACCAACGCCUGGAGACCUACCUAGGCCGAGUGAGGCUGCUGGAGGAGGAGAACAAGCUACUAUGCCAGGAGAUCCAGGCCCUGAGGGGCAGCGGCCAGGGGGGGCGGAUGGGCCUGGAGGACAAGCUGAGCCUGGCCAGGCAAGAGGUAGAGGAAGCCUGGAGGGAGAAGGAUCAGGUGGAGCUGGAGCUAGGGAGCCUGGGUGAAGAGCUCCAAGUCCUGGGGCUGCAGAGACAGUGGGAGGCGGACGCCCAUGGGGAGGUGAAGAAGAAGCUGGCAGACAGCAGGAAGCAGAUGGAGGAGGAGAGGAGGGCUCAGAUCUGGUUAAGAGAGAAGGUGAGCCAGCUAGAGAAACAAAUCCAGUUCCAGAUACAAACCCACCAGGAAGAUGUUGCCGGCUUCCAGGCUACACUAAUCCAUGUCAGACCUGCACUGCCACCCCCUCCACACCAAACGGGAACCCAGCUGCCCAGCCUCCAGGAGCUGGGUGAGGAGUACUCCCAGAUGGCUGUCAGGGCGUGGCAUGAGGCAGCCAUGGUGUUUCAGGGCCAGGUGGACAGCCUGGACGAGUCUCUAAACCAGGCCAGAACCCGGUUGGCUCAGGUGGGCCAGGAGAAGAUUGAGAGCCAGCUGAAACUUCAGGCCCUGGAGAAUGAGCUGCAAUCAGCCCAGGAUAGAAGGCAGUGUCUGGAGAGGAGUGUGGGCAAACAAAGAGACAGGCAGAGGCAAGAGAUACAAAACCUGCAGGCCCAUCUGGACGUGUUGGAGAUGGAGAAGGGGGCGCUGGGAAAUCAGAUUGACACUCUCCUGACAGAAAGUAGGGGUCUGCUGCAGCUGAAGAUGUCUCUAGGCAUGGAGGUGGCCACAUACAGAGCUUUACUGGACAAUGAAAGUCUGAAGGGGGAUUUCUCUUCAACAAAUCAGCUAAGGAGUACCUACAUCUCUGAUGGAGUGCCCAGCUCUCGAGGGGUUAAACAAAGCUUCCAGACACAGCUGGCUACCAGUCACAUGAUCAGGCCCAUCUCUACCAUCCAUAGAGCAAGCCCACAAUCCAAUGUAACAGUGAUGUCCGCAUCACCAAUCUGGACUCAGAAUCGGGUAACCCUGAACAAAACACCUGAGAGUUGUCGAAAGACAGAAGAAGAGCAUAUUGACUUUGGCGUAGGGUCCAACCACCAGGUAAGUUGUUCAACGCCUUACCCCAAAGUACCACAGGACGGAAUUUCAGUCGACCACUUCAGACCCCAAGAUAUCCAUAAAGAAGUCAACUAUGCUGAGCCUCUCUCACCUCCCACUGAAGAGGCAGGAGCUGAUGUUAUAUCUUUGCUUGGAUCUGACCAUAAGGAACAAUCCAUGUGGGACAUGGAAAAGGAGGAAGAGGACCAGAACAUAGUCAGAACCUGGGUUGCUGAAGACAAACCCGUUCUGGAAUCUGCCAUGAGUCACCAGGUUGAGACCUGCUUCAGUAUGCCAACUGUGUUCAGCACUGAUGCUCAAGAGCUCUACAGCCCUUCAGUGAGCUAUGAGAGAGCAGGUUCGGUGACAGGGGCACAUUCUGCUUUCUCAGCGAAUGAUGAUAAUGAUGUACCUUUAGAAACGUCUUUUGAAAAAGAGGAACCUCUACUAGAUAUGCCUUACGGUCCCAUGAAUGCAUCGGAGGAAAGAGACCUUAAAACAGAAAAGAAAGAUGCUGAAUGGGCAGGAAAUGAAGGCUUGGAAUCUGAAACUAAAUCAGUGCUAGAACAAGCAUUUGAGUAUGGGGCGGGGAAAAGUUACAACAAGCCAAUAGAGUUCAACCAAGAGGACAAUAUGUCAUAUGAAUCUACUCAAGCCUCCCACGGUUUAGAAGAGGCAUUUUGCCAUGUUAAAAGACUGGAGGAAGAUGUUAUUAAUCUCCCAAACGAGGAUGAAAAUGAUAUGUCUAACAAACAUGAGGAGCAAUUGGAAGAUGAAUGGCUGCCCUAUGGGUAUGGUAAGGAUGAUUGUGAAAGAUCGGGAGGAUUCAAUAAGGAAAAUGAUAUGACAGAAAGAAUCGGCGAGUUCAACCAAGAGAGUAUUAUUAAUCUCACAAAAGAGGAUGAGGAAAAUGAUACGUCUAACAAAGAUGAAGAUCAAUUGGAAGAUGAAUUGCACCCCUAUGGGUAUGGUAAGGAUGAUUGUGAAAGAUCGGGAGGAUUCAAUAAGGAAAAUGACAUGACAGAAAGAAUCGAUAAGUUCAACCAAGAGGAGAUUAUCUCACAUGAAUCUGCUCAAGCUUCUCACUGGUCAGAAGAGGUAUUUCACCAUGUUGAAAGAGUGGAGGAAGGUGACAUAAAUUUCACAAAAGGGGAUGAUGAAAAUGAUAUGUCUAACAGACGUGAGGAACAACAUGCACUGAACCCCAAUGGGGAUGUAAAGGAUGAAUGGGAUAGAGUGGGAGGUUACGAUGAAGAGAAUAGAAUUGGAGAAAGAAUGGAUGAUUGGAAAGAAGGAAAGGAUCAUGUGAAAGAGGAAGAGACGUGGAAUAACAGAGAAACCCAACCCAAUCGGUCUGAUCAAGAGUAUAUACCUUCAAAUGUAGAGAAACUGCAUCAAUUUGAGCAAGAGCAAAUACCUUCAGGCAGAGAGAAACUGAAUAUAUCCGACAAUGACAAAGAGGAUCACGAUGAGGCAAACUACUGUCAAAAUAAUUCUGUUUCAUGGAGGGCUGAGCUAGAAGGCGACAGCUAUGCUCAGGAGAACACACUAGCCGACACACACCCCCUGAUCCGUUACAAGAGUGACGAGACGGAUGUCAACACUCAGGCUUCACACAUGGGCGAAAGUGACUCCAGUGAUGGUGAGGAGGACAGGGAGGUUUGCCAGACAGGAACAGACACCUGUGGCGAAGGCAAGUCCAAACAGUUUGACACCAUGGAGUAUCUGUAUGAAGAGUCAGAAGGAGACGUCAUAGAUCAGGAAAGUAACAUGGGCUCCACUCACCAAGAGGACACGGAUGCUAGCCAAACAAAGGAGCAUGCUACACAGGAGAACGAUGAGGAGAAUGCUGUAGAUCAGUUGAUUCAGGAGGCAGAAGAGGAGCAAUCUUAUGAGGAACUUACAGAACCUGGAGAGUACUCCAUGGUGUGUUCUGAUGAGGACUAUAAUGAAGAAAGAAUUGAUAGAUUGGUGGAGCAAGAGCUAGAGAAUUUAUCUAUAUCCAGUUACAGUGAACACUUUACUGGGCAGAUGAUUGAGAGCGAGUCAGUACUGAGUCUUCAAAUUGAGUCUCACACUGAACUUGCCCAAACACAAGACAUAUUAUACAGUGAGGAGGUAGAGCAGAUACACUCAGAGAGACUGAAUCAAUCUGAGCAAGAGCAUAUACCCUCAGGCGGAGAGAAACUGAAUCUAUAUGUGCAAGAACACAUACCUUCAGAUGGAGAGAAAAUGAAUCAAACCGAUUCAGAGCAUAUGCCUUCAAACAGAGAGAAACUGAAUGUAUAUGUGCAAGAACACAUUCCAUCAGACGGAGAGAAACUGAAUCAAUCUGAACAAGAGAAUAUACCUUCAGAAGGAGAGAAACUGAAUCAGUCCGAGGCAGAGGAUAUAACUUCAGCCGGAGAGACACUGGAUAUAUGUGAGCAAGAACAUAUACCCUCAGACAGAGAAAAAAUGUAUCAAUUCGAGCCAGAGCAUAUACUUUCAAACGGAGAGAAACUGAAUCAAUCUGAGCAAGAAAAUAUACCUUCAGGCGAAGAGAAUCUGAAUCAAUCCAAGCAAGAGAAUAUACCUUCAGGCGGAGAGAAACUGAAUCAAUCCGAGCAAGAGAAUAUACCUUUAGGCGGAGAGACGCUGAAUCUAUAUGCGCAAGAACACAUACCCUCAGACGGAGAGAAAAUGAAUCAAUCUGAGCAAGAGAAUAUACCCUCAGGCGGAGAGAAACUGAAUCAAUCCGAGACAGAGGAUAUAACUUCAGGCGGAGAGACACUGGAUAUAUGUGAGCAAGAACAUAUACCCUCAGACAGAGAAAAAAUGUAUCAAUUCGAGCCAGAGCAUAUACUUUCAAACGGAGAGAAACUGAAUCAAUCUGAGCAAGAGAAUAUACCUUUAGGCGGAGAGAAUCUGAAUCAAUCCAAGCAAGAGAAUAUACCUUUAGGCGGAGAGAAACUGAAUCAAUCCGAGCAAGAGAAUAUACCUUUAGGCGGAGAGAAUCUGAAUCAAUCCGAGCAAGAGAAUAUACCUUUAGGCAGGGAGAAUCUGAAUCAAUCCGAGCAAGAGAAUAUACCUUUAGGCAGGGAGAAUCUGAAUCAAUCCGAGCAAGAGAAUAUACCUUUAGGCGGAGAGAAUCUGAAUCAAUCCGAGCCAGAGUACAUAACUUCAGGCGGAGAGAAACUGAAUCUCAAUGCGCAAGAACACAUACCCUCAGACGGAGAGAAAAUGAAUCCAUCCGAGCCCGAGUAUACACCUUUAGGCAGCGAGAAACUGAAUCAAUACGAGCAACAGUAUAUACCUUCCGGCAGAGAGAAACUGAAUCAAUCUGAGCCAGAGUAUAUAACUUCAGGCGAAUACAAACUGAAUCUAUAUGAGCAAGAACAUAUACCCUCAGACAGAGAGAAAAUGAAUCAAUCCGAUCCCAAGUAUAUACCUUCAGGCGGAGAGAAACUGAAUCAGUCUGAGCAAGAGAAUAUACAUUCAGGCGGAGAGAAACUGAAUCAGUCUGAGCAAGAGUGUAUUUCCUCAGAGGUUAUGUAUUCGGUGCACUCUAGGAUUCUAUUGACAUCUGAACACACAUCUCUUAGAGAAGGUUCAGGAGAAAUAUCCAAAGAAGAAUAUUUGGCUCAAGGUAAGGUAUUCAGUGGGGGACUGGGAACUGAAGCUGUAUCAGACAAAAUAGAAGGACAGGAUGACCAGAACCUUUCUAUGCUGACUCAUGUAGACUUCACUGAAAGCCAUUCUAUCUACAGCAGUUUAAACAGCAGGCCUGAGAGUCAAACCAACAUGAACAACUUGGAUAUAGAAGAGUCCAACAGCACAGAGGAUGAGUCGCCAAAUGCAAGCCAGUAUUUGCAACCUGUCACCAAAGCAAAUCUAACUGCAGAUCAGGAAGACUUGUUAGAUGCGGCGGUCUCUCACUAUAAGGAUUGCAAUCCUCUUAUUGAACAUUCUGCAGAGGAGGUCACUAGCUAUCAGGCAAGUAAUGAAUGUCUUCAGACAGAUGAAUGGGAAGUCUUAGGAAGUCCAAACAAACACCUAGAAUCUGGAGAUCCUUUUGCAGGUCACAAGAGAGACUCCGAGAGAUCAUCCAAAACUGACAGCGAAGGCCGGGACCUCCACAGCUUCCUCAGCUCUGGUGUACACAACAACUUCUGGGGUUCCAAUCUGGAGACAGGAGCCCCCUAUCAAAUGGAUAAACCAUAUGACCAUGUGACCGAGCUACCCAAUCAGAACCUAGCCUUGGCUAACAACCUAACCUGGGUGGAUUUGGAGAAUCCACAGGCAACUAAUUGGAACACAAAGAUGGACAGUGACACACCUAAAGCUUCCACCCUUGAAGAAGAGGACAAACAGAUGCCCUCACAGGUGAAGCAGCUGGUUUGUAGAGAUGUGGUAGAGGGUGUGAAUGUUACUUCUGAAGGUUCUGAAGAUGAGGGAGACUCCUGGUCAUCUGGGGAAGAAUAGGAACAUUUCAGCAUGGUUUCUAUAAGGAGUAAAGUAGAAGUAACAAGUGUUACUGAGAGUGUAAAACUAUUUACAUUUUACAGGCUUUGAAUUUGAGCAUUGAUUCACAUUAAUCCUCACAGUGGAAAGUAAAUGAAACGCUAAUUUCAUCCAAACAUGAAUGUACUAUGUCACAGAAUGUCAUGACAAUUCAGUGCUCUCCGGGAUCCUUGGGAUGUCCCUAACCUAAACCCUAACUAUAACCAUAAUCCUUACCUACACCAUUUAAAAUGUCAACUUCAAUGGGGUAGGGACGUCCCAAGGAUGCGAGAUAGCACAGACCGUCAAAUAUUUAUGCUGUUUUCAAAAACCAAAGUUGUGCUUUGGUGCCUUGGUGCCACCCUGCUGACACUAACCACCAGUGUACCUACUCCAUUUCAAGACAUUGAGGGCCAUUUCUUGUAAGUUUUACAAAUUGAUGUUUGAAUAGCAUUUAUUUUAUUUUUUUGCCACCCCCCUUUGAAGAACAAAAGUAACUUAAUUAAAAACCAAAAAAAGGACAUUUGAAAGUCAAAGCAUUCUGAACUGCCAUUAAUUGAUAGUUGAUUUGAUUGCACUGAUUGAAGGAAAUCAAUUCGAGCAGAAGUGAGAACCAAGGUAUUUCAUUGCACAAGACCUUUUUUUUUCUAGUAGCAACUUUUAUCUUAACAUCUUAAGUCCAUUUGAUAAGGACUCCAGUUGAUAUAUACAGUGCCUUCAGAAAGUAUUCAUACCCCUUGACUUACUCCAUUGAAUAGUGUUAUUUAUGAUUAUAAUUUGAUAUUUCAACUCACACACUACAAGCAGCAAAUCAAAAUGUAUUAGUCACCUGCGCCGAAUACAACAGGUGGUAGACCUUACAGUGAAAUGCUUACUUAGGAGUCCCUAACCGACAGUGCAGUUAAAAAAAAUAUGGAUAAGAAUAAGAGAUAAAAGUAACAAGUAAUUAAAGAGGAGCAGUAAAAAAUAUCAAUAUAUACAGGGGGGUGCCGGUACAGAGUCAAUGUGCAAGGGCACCGGUUAGUUGAGGUAGUAUGUACAUGUAGGUAGAGUUAAUUAAAGUGACUAUGCAUAGAUGACAACAGAGAGUGGCAGUAGUGUGGAGGGGGGGGGGGCAAUGUGAAUAGCCAUUUUGUUAGUAGCCAUUUGUCUGGAUGUUCAGCAGUGCAUGGUUUGAUAUCCUAGAAGAACAGUUUGCCUUAAUUUUAUUAAAGCGUUUCACAAUACAGUGUCACAACGUAUAACUAACAUACAAUGAAACAACAUGGUACCAUAUUAGUUAUGCUUUGUUCACGAUUACAGAAAAAUAAACUUGUGUUGUUUUUUGGCUAGUGUUCUCUGUAGAAAUGCACAAAAAAAAACAUACAUGGAAAAAUAAAACAAAUUGACAAAUA